AGCAUUUGCGGCAAGCCUUACUCGGCGAGCGUGUGCGAACAUUAGAAAAAGCAAGCAACAGUAGAGACCACAGAUAAAAAGUACUGAAAACCUCAGAUUAAUAAAAAAAUGAGAAUCUUAUCCUACCAGAUAAACCUAACCUAAUGCUGUAUGGCCAAUGAUCUUGAUGGGGACAACAAAAACAACUAACCUUAUUUUCAACUCCUAACUCAUAGUAUAGUUUUUAGUCAUAAUAUACAAUAUAUUAAUUUAGUUGUAAAUGCCGCGUUGUUGUGAUCAAUAUUAAUACUUUAUAUUUCGAAAUUCCACACCAAAUAAUUUAUUUUUUACAAUUGCCAUCAUGGAAGAGCAAUUUAGUAUUGUUGAAGAUAUAACUGACCCCUCAUUAAUGGAAAAUAUUCUAUCGCGCUUAGACGAAAUUCAAUUGGAAGAUGAGGAAUUUAUGCAGAUACUAUUGAGCAAGCAAAAUGAAAUGGUUGUAACAUGGGAUCAGCCUUGGUAUCAAAUGGCUAACUGUCUCACUAGACCUUUAGAUCAAAGUAAUUGCAAAGAAACAGCUAUGUUUCGAACAGAUGCUAUAUGUUCAGAUGAAAGUAAAAAAAUACAUAAAAACUGGAAGAAAUUUCAGAAGAACUUUGAUGUUCCAAAUAAACCAAUAUGUCUUGCAAGAUGGAAAAACAAGGAGAAAUGUCGCAGCCCUUCAACACCUGAAGAAUUUGUAAGAAGAUUCGUUAUAUCCUUCUUAGCGCGGGGCCUAGAGAGAAAUCUUUAUCAAGUACACAAACAUUUUUUAAACCGUUAUGGUAGCCUAAAUAAGGGUAAAUACUUGAAAUAUGAAGAAAAUGCAAUGGAAGUGUGUCUUUAUCAUUGCCCCAAGAAUGCAGUUAUAUAUUUGUCAGCAGUUUUAAGUCGUGAGCCUAGAGGAAUUUAUAAAAGACUGUGGCAAAUGUUUAAUGGGAAACCUGAGAGAAAAAAGUUAAAAUGGACAUUGCAGUUAGCAACAAAAUUUUUAAAACUACUAAUGGAACACAGUGGUGAAACUGUAGUUGAUAAUCUAAAACAAAAGAAAUUUGAGAAGUCAGUUUGGUUAAAACUCGAAGGAGAUAUAGGUCAGCAGUAUAUAUAUCUGCAACAGUUUUGGCAAGAUGAACUUCAUGUCCAAUUGUUUGUGAAGGCCGAUGUAAAGAUUAAUAAAUUAAGGAGGAAAGUUUUUAAAACAUUGAGACUUUAUCCGUAUAAAGUGUGGACUGAUAUUCGAUGGAAAGAAGUAGCUAAACAUUUUGCAGAUGGGUUUAGCCAUCGCUUUUUAUACAAAAUAUGUUAUUUCUUAGUCUUCAAAUCAAUCAACAAAUUACGAACACAUCCACUUGAAGAAGUGAUAAUUCAUGGAAUUGAAAAGUCAAAAUUGGUUCCCAACAAAAGACUAAAAACUUUGGUUUUCAAUGAAAAUAAGGAAUUAGAAAUUAUUAAGUAUUCUAAUAAAAUGCUAUAUUAAUUUGGAAAUAAAAUGUUUUAAUAUCUA